AUGGACCUAAAAACGAGGCUGCGCAAGGCCUGCGAUGCCUGCAGUAUUCGGAAAGUAAAGUGUGAUACUGGUGGGCCACCUUGUCGGUCAUGCGCUAGCUUGGAUAUUCCCUGCACCUAUGAAAGACCAAGCAGACGACGUGGGCCUCCCAACCGCCAUGCAGAAGCACUUAAAAAACAAAAGCGAGAGCCCGAUGACACGGCGUCGCUGAGUCCCGCAGAUGGUCCAUCGACGACUCCCCAGACAACGUCAUCAUUCCACCCCCAAUCUGUGUCACUCUCACUCUCGGCGGAAUCGAUAUGCUCUUUGCAUACAGUGCAGCUGCUAGUUGAUGACUACUUUACUUACAUUCAUCCUUUGGUUCCAAUACCACAUGAGCCAUCUUUCCGAGCAGCCUUUGAGCGCCGAGAAGAUGUGACAAAUCAUACAUUUUUGGCACUUUUGGCCUCAAUGAUUGGAUUGCUAGUGGCCUCCUUUCCACGGAGACCCAAACUUCGCCUCAACACUGAAGCCGAACGCACUGCUUUCCCUCACUCUAUAGCUCUGGUAAAACAGUGCGUUGAUGUUGCCGUUCAAGCUCGCGGCACCGGUUAUCUUGAUCGCAACGCCACUGUAUAUGAUGCGGCGAUCAGCUAUUUUUUAGCAAUAUGUGCCGGCUAUAUAUAUAACAUGCGCCGAUGCCGUAUCUAUCUGUCGGAAUGUCGAGCCAUGCUUCAGGUAUAUGAUCUAUGCCAAUCUCGUACCAACCCUCCAUCAUCGACACUAGGGCCAACCAGCCCGUUGUCGCCAGCGCCAGCAAUGGCACAGGAUCAACCAGCACAUACUUUCAUGGAAACUCAAGGAGUCGACUUCAUCACCCAGGAGCUUGGUCGGCGUCUGUUCUAUGUCACACUAGUCGGGUACCAGACAUUACAUCAACUGGGUUCCUCCGAUGUCAAGAUCCAUGUUCCUCCAGAGACUCCAACUGACCGUUAUCCACCACUACCUUUGGAGAUCGACGACGAAUUCUUGUUUGCGACACAUAUUGAGCCACAGCCAGCUGGUCAGGUUUCACAGCUGGUCGGAUUCAACGCGAAUGUCCGUGUCUACAGUUCAUAUACCAAUCUGUUAGCCUGGGAGAUAGCUUUUGGCAGCGGCCAGAUUUUUGACUGGGAGCACCAGCGCAAUAGCAUUUGGGACUGUCUCAAGCAAGCAAAAUCUGCACUACUAAAUGUUCCUUCUGAGUUGUCUCUCUGCCAUCCGAAAGACACGAAUCUAUCUGGUUUUGCCAGCCUUGGUGGAGACGGCACAAUCUACAGCUACUCAGAUGAUCACAUCCACCAAGAACGACGUGCUAUACAAUAUGAGAUCCAGAAAGCCAAUAUCUACGCCAGUCAGCUGUGCACCAGAUCCUUUCUUGUAGAAAAGUAUUGGAGCCUUUUCGAGACCUUCUCAAGGUACGGAAAAUCUCACAAAUUUACUGCUUCGGGCAGCACGACACCACAUAUUCAGAUUGCAAGCAAAUUGGACCCGAUUUCGAUUUCGACUGCAACUAGCACAACUUCGUCAGACACCAAUACCCAACCUCAACCCCAUGGACAAACAGACUAUAUCAACCAUAUGAUGGCCGAGGAGCGCAAGCUGGUCAUCAAGGACCUCUUCGUGCUAUUACGAACAGUAAACGAAGUGAACAUGGAACCAAAUGGAGCAAGCAUUACCAACAAAAUCCGCCAGGUAGCAUCAACUCUUCUCAGCCUCUCUCAUCGACCCAAAUCAUCACCAUCCACAGACAUCCCGAGCCUUGCAACCCCCGCAGCACCAUCACUAUCACCAACAGCACCUCCGGGCAUUCACGUUCUCACUGCCACAGAGGCGGAGUCCUACCUGCACGCAUUCAUCAAGACUCUCAUUCGAUUGGAGUGCCACUCGUCCGUGCCUGACGCACUUGUCAGUUCCGAUGGCGCGGAUUCACAAAUGAACGGCCGCGCUAUGAGCUAUCUGAGUGAUUACGAGCGUGACCAGGAAGAAUUGAGCCAGUGGGCCUGUUUGAAGGAGUAUCAGCACAAAUUUGCCGAGGCUGGAGGCGUUUUAUAUGAGUUGUAG